GUUUCAAGCGAAAAAGAUAAAUCAGAGACAUUUGAGCUUGCUUCUUCUCUUGGUUUGCUCACCUUAUUGGAAGACCUUCAUCUCUCUCUCUCUCUCUCUCUCUGGCAUUCUUUAUUCUGCCUGCAAGUUACGUCUCUGUCGUACAAACUCCAUUUGAUUUGCAACUUGCAAGCAACACAAAACAAUUGUGGCGUUUCUUGAGCAUUUCGAGGAUAUUUGUUUUUUUAUUAUCCUUAAAUUGCACCGUUUCUCUCACUCUCUUUUCGUAGGAACGAGUGAUGGGUUCCAUUGAGCAUGAUUUGUCGCUCGCUGAAGAGGCUCUUCUUCAGGAUGAAGAGCGCAAACAAUACACAGGAGAUGGCUCAGUUGACUUUAAAGGGAGGCCUGUUCUUAAGCAGAAUACUGGCAAUUGGAAAGCUUGCCCCUUUAUUUUAGGGAAUGAGUGCUGUGAACGUUUGGCGUACUAUGGCAUUGCGACAAAUCUUGUUACCUAUCUUACCCACAGACUGCACGAAGGAAAUGUCUCUGCUGCAAGAAAUGUCACCACGUGGCAAGGCACUUGCUAUCUUGCACCUCUCAUUGGAGCUGUUUUGGCAGAUGCUUACUGGGGACGAUACUGGACAAUUGCUAUUUUCUCCAUGAUUUAUUUCAUAGGGAUGUGUACAUUGACUCUUUCUGCAUCAGUUCCAGCACUGAAGCCUGCAGAGUGUUUGGGUUCUGUAUGCCCUCCAGCUACUCCUGCACAAUAUGCUGUGUUCUUCUUUGGUCUCUACCUGAUUGCACUUGGGACUGGUGGUAUAAAACCAUGUGUGUCAUCUUUUGGCGCAGAUCAGUUUGAUGAUACUGAUCCCCAGGAAAGGAUUAAGAAGGGAUCCUUUUUCAACUGGUUUUACUUUUCUAUCAACAUAGGUGCCCUUGUAUCAAGCACUUUUAUUGUGUGGAUUCAAGAAAAUGCUGGCUGGGGCCUUGGAUUUGGCAUUCCUGCUUUAUUUAUGGGACUAGCUAUUGGAAGCUUCUUUAUAGGCACGCCCCUCUACAGGUUUCAAAAACCAGGGGGAAGCCCUCUCACAAGAAUGUGCCAAGUUGUGGUAGCAUCUGUCCGGAAGCGGAAUCUGGUUGUCCCUGAAGAUAGUAGUCUCCUGUAUGAGACACCAGACAAGAGCUCUGCAAUUGAAGGAAGUCGGAAACUGGAGCAUAGUGAUGAACUAAGGUGCCUUGAUAGAGCAGCUGUAGUGUCUGAUGCUGAGACUAAAAGUGGCGACUAUUCUAACCAGUGGAGAAUCUGCACUGUGACGCAGGUGGAGGAAUUGAAAAUCUUGAUCCGCAUGUUUCCAGUUUGGGCUACUGGGAUCGUUUUUGCUUCUGUUUAUGCUCAGAUGUCGACAUUGUUUGUGGAACAAGGAACAAUGAUGAAUACAAGUGUUGGUUCCUUCAACAUUCCUCCAGCUUCCCUCUCAAGUUUUGAUGUAAUAAGUGUUAUUUUUUGGGUCCCCGUCUAUGACAGGAUUAUUGUUCCCAUUGCAAGGAAAAUUACAGGCAAGGAGAGGGGUUUUUCAGAAUUGCAAAGAAUGGGAAUUGGGCUUUUUAUUUCAGUCCUGUGCAUGUCUGCAGCUGCUGUGGUGGAGAUUGUGCGUCUGCAGCUUGCAAAAGAUUUUGACCUGGUUGAUAAACCUGUUGCUGUGCCCCUUAAUAUAUUUUGGCAAGUCCCUCAAUAUUUCUUAUUGGGAGCAGCAGAAGUAUUCACAUUCGUUGGGCAGCUUGAGUUCUUCUAUGACCAAUCUCCAGAUGCUAUGCGGAGCUUAUGUAGCGCAUUGUCGCUUCUGACUACUUCACUUGGGAAUUACUUGAGCUCUUUCAUUCUUACUGUAGUAACUUACUUCACUACACAAGGUGGAAAUCCUGGAUGGAUUCCAGAUAACUUGAACGAGGGUCAUCUCGAUUACUUUUUCUGGCUUUUAGCUGGACUUAGCUUCUUAAAUAUGUUGGUGUACAUAGCUGCUGCUGGAAGGUACAAGCAGAAGAAGGCUGCUUAGGAUUUUUCGGGCAUUAAGUGUACACACGUUCUGAUAUUUCUCUAUGUUGAAAUUAAUUAAAAUGUCUUGCAAUUACAAAGGAAAAUCUGUGUUAUGCCCUCUCUCAUGAAGCCUAAAAGUGAUAGGAUUGCUUGCUACCCAUUUAGGCUUAUUAUGGGCAGUUAAUGUUCACUUUUGAAACUUUUGAUAAAGAAAAGAUUGAUACCCCUUUCAGAUUGUAGUGUUUGAUUGACGGGAAGCAAAAACAAGUAGAAUGAACUACGGGGAGAAAAGUCGCGUCAGCUCAUAAGCACAGUAGGAAUCGGAAUAAUAUGAGAAAGUUUUAUUAUAAUGGAUAACAUAUGAAUGCUAUUAGUUAGCAGAAUAAACUUGCUAUGUUGAGGCCUUUCGGAAUAUUGGUGAUUAUUGAUCAAUGCGGUUUGAGUU